GUGUAGAGUAAGGAAGGAAUUAAACUAACCCAUGUUAUUUCAUCAAGAUGACAGAAGGAGAAGCCGAUCAACAACGCUGUUCUCGUUGUUGUUCUAGUGUUCCACAGGACGUUUUUAACAUUGAUGUCGAGAUUCGCUACCCUUCGUCUGAAAACUGGGAUGCAACGUUUGCAAGUUUUAUUCAAUCCUUUACCUAUGGUCGCAACAUGUUUUGUUGUGAAGGGUGUGGCCCCGACACCGUGUUUUCGAUGCUUGUUUACACCGGUAUACCUCUGGAUUAUCUUCGAACCGUUGCUGUUCCUUAUGUCUUGGAUAUUGCUCGGGCGGCUCAUGGUGCCACCGUUAACAUCGGAUGUGAACGCAUAUACCUCAAAAUCGAAGUAAAUUUCGAUGUGCUGGCUGAUGAUGAGGCCUAUGAGUGGGUGAUUAUUGGUGAUGCUGAUGAGGAUGAGUCUGAGGUAGUCGAAGAGUCAUUGGAUGCAUUCAGUUUCAAGCCUGCUACUUGUUCAUCCAUUGAAGAUUUGAAAAGGUUUAAAUGGGGUGAUGAAGAAGAUCUUCAGCCUUUGAAGAAAAGAGGGAGAUUACUUGAAGGACCGAGUUCAUCCAAAGAAUGUAUGAUCUGUUUGGACGAGUUUUUGGAUGGCAACGAGGUUGCCUUGAUGCCUUGCCAACAUGUUUACCAUGAUGCUUGCAUUGUUAAGUGGUUAAAAGCAAGUCACUUGUGCCCGUUGUGCCGCUAUCAAAUGCCAAGUUGAUUUGAUUUUCAUCUGAUAUGAUCUUCUCUACUAUUAGGUAGGUAGGUUGUUGAUUAAUCUUCUCGAGAUAGACACUUGUGCAUUUUAGUCUUUUAGACGUACUUUGUGAAUAACCUCUUGAAGUGCAUUGUCUAAAUAUCAUGCAAUACUAUAGAAAUAUAGUGGUCCAUUUUGAUCACUGCAUUGUUUUAAACAGGAUAGCUUGCCUUGAGGAGCAAGCAAGAUGAGUCUAAAAAGGUCAUACGCAAAUCUUUGGAUUUUUCAUUAAACAUCAGUUUUUACAGGGUACAAAGAUCUUUGCUGCUGCUGGACUAGAGAUUAACAUUGGCUUCUAAAUUCCAAGGCCAAAAAAAACAAUUUUUCCAAUCAUUUCUCUGGUCCGGAGUUAUCGAAAGAGAUAAAGAAAAUGGGGAUUUAAUUUAGCUGUACACAAAAACUAUAAAAAGCAGUGUACAAAUUAUAUUUUCUUUUACAAUGACUAGACACCAACUCGUACCUGUCUCGGAUCAAAAUACACAAUUUCCGCCUGAAUCUCUUUUGGUUGUCCUUGAUGUA